AUGCCCCCUUUGCCAGACUUUUUGCGGCCGCUAGUACUUUCUGGCCCUUCGGGAGUCGGGAAGAGCACCCUGCUCCAGCGUCUCUUCACCGAAUUUCCCGACAAGUUUGGUUUUAGUGUCUCUCACACGACACGAUCCCCACGUCCGGGCGAGAUCCAUGGAAAGCAAUAUUUCUUCGUUCCCCGCCCCACUUUCGAGCAACUUAUCAAAGAGGGUGCAUUUAUCGAGCAUGCCGAAUUCUCUGGAAACUAUUAUGGCACUAGUUUUGAAACCGUUCGCAGCGUUACAGCUGCAGGUAGACGAUGCAUCUUGGACAUCGAGGCACAGGGUGUCCGACAGAUAAAAAAGACGACUCUAGACCCUGUCUAUCUAUUUAUCUCCCCGCCAUCGCUCAAAUCGCUCCGAGACCGCCUGAAGGGACGUGGAACGGAGACGGAAGAGUCGAUGAAGAAACGCCUUGCCACGGCGCUCAAGGAAAUCGAGUACGCAAAGCAGCCGAAAGCGCACGACUUUGUGGUGAUAAAUGAUGAUUUGGAUCGCGCAUACGACCUCUUGCGCAAGAUUGUGUUUGGACAGGUGGCCGAGGGAGAUGUAUUGCCCCCACUUGAUGAUACUGAGGAGAAAGUUGAGCCUUCGCCACAGGUGCAGGCAUAA